GCGACGCCUUCCUGGCCCAGCACCCGCUGCUCGCCCUGGACCCCAACGUCACCGGCGUCUUCCUGGGGCCCUACCCCUUCGGCAUCGACCCCAUCUGGAGCCUGGCGGUCAACCACCUGAGCUUCCUCAACUCCUUCAAGAUGAAGAUGUCGGUCAUUCUGGGGGUCACCCACAUGGCCUUCGGGGUGGUCCUGGGAGUCUUCAACCACAUGCACUUUGGCCAGUGGCACCGGCUGGUGCUGGAGACGCUGCCCGAGCUGGUCUUCCUGCUGGGCCUGUUCGGCUACCUGGUCUUCCUGGUCUGCUUCAAGUGGCUGCGGGUCUCGGCCGCCGGCGCCGCCUCGGCGCCCAGCAUCCUCAUCCACUUCAUCAACAUGUUCCUGUUCUCCAGCAGCCCCACCAACCGCGCCCUGUUCCACGGGCAGGUGGGCCGGGCGCUGCCGGGGCCUCGGGCGCGGUGCAGGCGAACCACUGGCGGGGAGGAGCCCACCCCGCCGGCCGCCCAGGCCGGGCUCGGGGAGCCCCGCCCCGGCUGA